CUUUACUUCGGAAUGUCGAAUGGAAAGCGGGUGAUUUAGGAAGCAAAUUGUGCCAAAAGUCUUGAAGAACUCUAAUCCGGCGAAGGGCAAGUUUGACCUGGGCCGGUUUAGCAUUCUAAAGGCACAAGAAGGCUACUAAGCUCUAAUCCGACAAAGGGGCUAUGGCACCCCGAAAGCGUCUCAAUGAUGACUCCUCUUCUAGGCAACCCGCACAUUUCACAAAGAAAGCCCAUAAGAGUUUGUAUGAGCUACGAAAAGAAAAGAACCUAGACGUGGAGAAGACUAUACACCCGGAUAUCGAUCGUGUCUUCUGUCUUACCGAGGCUUUCCGCUCGGUGGGAUGGGAGAGAAUGCUCACUAUUUCCGGCGAAUACUUUCCGGACUUUGUUCGGGAGUUCUACGCCAACAUCCUCAACAAAGAAGAGAAAUCCGGAACUGUGAAGAGCUCGGUCUGCGGCACCCCUAUCACUCUCACACUCGACUAUCUACGGGAAUUUUUGAACCUCAAAGAUCCGCGCGCACCAUUCACCUACACAAUCAAUCGCAACGGUUUUGUCGCCAAUGAUCACAACUACAACAUUGUGGCGACGAAAACUAAAUUUGGAUGCACCGACAUGCGUGUCCGUGAAUUGGGACUAAGCUGGAUCCGUGAAUUGGAAGCACUUGGACUGUCAACCCCGGUUUCCAUCACACACCGGAACCCAACGAAGAGAUCAUCAUUUUCCCACCCGAUUUCGAGGAAGGAGAGCACACAGCUGAUUACCGGAAUGAGAUACGAGGAGGCAACGACAUUUGGACAAUGGAUGGCAAUGAGUUUUCUUGUAGUGAGGAAGAUAAGGGAGUGGCGGUGCUUCUGUUAUCCACCAAAGUUAGAGAUGGCAAAAAAGAGGGAGGAAAUAUUGAGGAUAUUCAUACAAUCAAAUGACUUCGACUCAUGGAUGGUAAUCAAGCAUGGAAACACUACGGCAAAUAUUAUUGAUGGAAUUCGUGUUCCCAAGUUGGAAUCCGAAUAUGAUGAUCAAGACAAGAAGAACGUCAUGCAAAAUGCCGAAGCCAUCAACUAUCUUUAUUGUGCAGUCAACCCCGAUGAUUAUAGAAAGAUAUCAAGAUGCAAAUCUGCCAAUGAGAUGUGGACUAAACUCGAAGUCACUUAUGAAGGUACAUCUCAAGUUAAAGAUGCUAAAGUUGAUAUCUUAUUGCAUGAAUACAAAUUAUUCUCAAUGAAGGAGAAUGAAAGCAUUGAUAGUUAUUUUGAGAGAUUCUCUACAAUCAUCAACAAUCUUGACACGCUCGGAAAGUAUUACACCGAUCAUGAGCUUGUCCGGAAAAUUCUGCGUUACAAAAGGAGGAAAUCUAUAGCAUUGAAAGCCACCAAGGAAGUUGUAGAGGAAAAUGAAGAAGAUGAUGAUGAAUCACUUAAUUUAGAAGAUAAUCCCGAACUUGCUCUUGUCAUCAAACGCUUCAACAAAUUUAUCAAGAAAAGCUUCAAGCCAAGAAGAGACAAUGGCAAGAAAGCUACACCACCUAAAUGCUAUGAAUGUGGAGAGAUAGGGCACAUCAAGCCUUAUUGUCCUAAGUUGAAGCAAGGGAAGGACAAGAAGUUCAAGAAGAAGCAAAAAGCAUACAUUUCAUGGGAGAGUGAUUAUUCAUCUUCUGAAACAAGUGAUGAGGACGAAGAAACAACAAAUCUUUGUCUAAUGGCUACCGAGGAAGAGGUAUCUUCUAAUUCUUUUUCAACUCCUUUAUCGUCUUCGAGUGAUUGCUUUUCAUUGGAUGAUUUACAUAGUGCAUUUAGUGAUCUCUAUGGUGAAUUUCUCAAAUCCACCAAAGAAACUAAGCUUGCAAAAGAAAAUGUCACAUCUUUAGAAGCUCAAAUAAUUGAACUUAAUAAGGAGAUGGAUUUAUUGAAACUUGAAAAUAAGAAACUUGGCAAGGCUUUUUAUGCGUCUCUCAUAUUCAAACGUCGUGGUUCCCAAUUUGUUGUUACGGCUAAGUUUUGUGGAAAAGAGGUUGUUGUUACCAGUUCAGAGCUUAAUUCUAUGUUUGGAAUGUCCAAUUCUGGAGGUGAGAUUACCACCGUGAACAAUGACCAGAAUCCAUGGUAUGAUUUUGAUGAGCGUAAGUGUUGGGAGGCUAUGGAUUUCACGCCCCAAUUCAAUUCAUCCAAACGUCCAAUGAAGCGAGCCCUUCCAUAUCCUCUUCUCGUCACUCAUCUUUUGAAGCAAAAAGGAUUUGAGUUUACUAAUGCUGAGAUGACUAUUGAUACUCCUUUUUGGCGAAUCCGAGUGGAAACCGUAACUCGUGCUCAGAAUGUUAAUGAUGACUCCAGUGACGACGACGAUGAUGUUGUUGCUCCUACCCAGAAGCGUCCGAUUUCCUAUAGAGGUAGGGUCUCUCUGCCGAUGUUAUACGACGCUAUGCAAGGACUCCAAACCUCCCUUGACAACUUGAAGAUUCAACAAGCUAUCCAUGGUUAUAAUUUGAACAAUUUGUUGGUCAAAUCGGGAGAACAUUGGGUGGUUCCAUCGAUGGAUGCGUUGGAGCCGUAUAUGUACCACGGGUCAUCAUCUUCUCAGGAUACGAGUAUUCAUCAAGAGACUCAGGGAAUUGUUGCGGAUGAUACUGCUGAUGAUGAGGAAGAUGAGAUGGAUGAGGAAUGAAAGGAUGGAGCACUCAUGUUAUUUUCUAAACUUAUCUAAUAUCUCUUUAUCUUUUGUCUUUGUUUAAUGUGACUUUACUAUCUCCCAUUCACCCUUGUGUUUUGAUACCCUUAAUGUUUUUUCUCCUACACCCUUUUUGCUUAUGACAAAAGGGGGAAGAUUA